UCUACUCAUUUCGACGAUUGAACUCGCCCUAGCUGCUUGCUCCAGUAGACAUGAAUUGCAGCCGACGAUGGAAUGACGAGGAACGAGAAGCUGAAGGCCUGUGGAGGGGAGUGAUGGUGAUGCAAGAGCAAACAGGAGCUGAAGAGGGCACGUGGCUGAGGACGGCGGCAGGAGGGGAUCCCGGCUGGGCCACGAUGGUGGCUUAUGUGGGGGGCAAGGUGGACGCGGCUAGACACCUUUGGAAGAAGGCGGCUUGCUGUUAGCUUGCGUGGGGUGAAUAGCGCAAGGGUGCCCACGUAUGGUGAUAAGACGGGAGAGAGAUAAUUACACUAAGUAGAUGGACGGAGAGAGACAGACAGACAGAGCGGAGGAGGAAGAGGGGAAAGGCUCAGGGCAAGGAGCGGCCCUACGAGUGUGCCGUGUACAAGCACAGCACAUGGCCGGAACGAAACGAAACGGGGCGAUGGCCAAGGCGGGAAGGAUGCAGGGUGGAGAGCGUGAACCAGGUGGUGUGGCUCGGCGGCGGGGGACUUUUAGACGGAUUAGCCCACGGACUGGAGCAUGGUUCAGGGAAGUUUGCGUGUUAUGGCGAGCUGGACAGGGUCAUGUCGGGCCCCUGCCUCGUGACACAUUAUCUGCUCCUCAUGACGGUCAUCAUAGUAGGGUACUUGUGAUUGGGAGCAGCCUCGUGGCGCAACACUGGUCUGCAACCAACAAAAGGCACCCCGGAGGGUACUAGCGUAGCCAUCCUGCUGCUGCUGCUGCUGGCGUCGUGCUGGGCAUGCAUCUCUGACACAGCCGUGGGCCGGCGUGCGUUGACGGGGGGUUAAUAAUAACUGAGAGGGCCU